CAAACACCCACGUUAUCAACUUAUCGGCAUCAUGAUUAUUUAUCGCUAGUUGGUGCUUUGUAGAUUUCUGUAUGACAGCCUCACAGGAAUCCGAAUGAUGGCAUGUGAUAGAUAAAUUGUACACUACUCAGGUGAUACCAAAUUAUCGUCUUUUCGCCUCCAACCAUGUCUGGAGAUCAUGCUACAGAGGAAGCUCCUCCGGAGGUUCACCAUUACAACGAUAUCGGAGAAGUUCCUUGGGAUAUCCAGAAUUAUUGGGCACAGCGCUAUAAGAUCUUCUCCAAGUAUGAUGAAGGUGUAUGGCUAACAGAUGAUGCAUGGUUUGGCGUUACGCCUGAGCCAGUUGCCAAUAAGAUAGCUGAGCAUAUUGCCAGCGCUGCUCCCGCGUCUCGCAUGAUCUUGGUUGAUGCAUUUGCUGGAGCUGGCGGUAAUACCAUCGCCUUUGCACGAUCGGGUCGCUGGAAACGGGUUUAUGCUAUUGAGAAGAAUCCGGCUGUCUUGCAGUGCGCGAAGCACAAUGCCAAGAUAUAUGGAGUUGAGGAUAAGAUUACCUGGUUCGAGGGCGACAGUCUCCAGAUCGUGAACAACCAACUCAAGGAGCUGGGCCCAUAUAGUGUUCUGUUUGCAAGCCCUCCAUGGGGUGGCCCUGGGUAUCGCUCCGACAAGGUAUUCAAUAUGAGCACAAUGGAACCCUAUUCCCUGGGUACGUUAUACGGCGAAUACGCUUUGUUUACGGACCAUAUUGUCCUCUAUCUCCCUCGGACCUCGGACGUGAAGCAGCUCGCGAAACUGGUCAAGGAUGGCGAAAAAGCAACAGUGAUGCAUUAUUGUAUGGAAGGCGCUAGCAAGGCGCUAUGCAUCUAUUACGGCGGGUUCAACCUCCAAUAGCUCAAGCUCUGCUCUUCAUGGCUUGGCUUCAGCAAUUGGUAGUAUUCUCUCAAUAAAGGAUCUAAUCAAGAAACCCGAAGACACAGCUAGCCGCCCAAUACGAGAUUCGCAAAAGGUGCGAUCUUCGUAGAUCCAUCAGCUUUUAAUUGGCCCUCAAGGGAAACUUAUCAAUAUGCGCCGGCUGCGGACAAAGCUACUAGUAGGUAGCAUAUGAGCUAUGGCGCGGUGUACAGCAAGAAAUCGCUUCGAAUAUAGUUCAAUUUCGAAUGAUGCCAAUAAAGUUCGUGGCACAGGUAGGGUUAUAAUAACUAUGUCGAGCGUUUCGAAUUUACGGGUGUCGUGUCGGAUGUGCGGAACAAAUUCCGAGUUUUCUGAAGUCCAUUGAAAAUUUUCUCGAGAAUAACGGCACGAGAGUUAAAUUUACAAGAAAGAAUACUUUACAUUUGGCGAUUCAAAAAUGUUGCCAAUCAAGGUUUUAAGAUAGAUCAUUUUACAGAGGAAAAAAGUUUUGAAAUAAUAAUUUAAUUUGAGCAAAUC